AUCAUGGGUAACGUAAGUGGGGGCAAAAAAAAGUAGUGGGGGACAGCUCGGGAAGAGGAGAAAUCCUACAUUUUGGCAUCCCUGUGCCCAACAUCAACUGACAUCAACAACACAACACUGGCGAACACCCAAACACUGUUGCCUUGCGAUCAUUUGCGAUAGUUGCGAUUGUUGCGAGUUACGAGUGUAAAUGAAAACGUAACACGACAAUGUGCCCCUUUACUAACAGAAAAAAGUGUAUUUUGUGUAGUGUAGCCUUGCUGUGACAGAUAUUUAACAAAUGAAAAACAAAACAGCAAUAUCAUGAGUAAUUUUAGAAAGCAGAAUGUCUUUGUGUGGUUACGUAGGACAGAACGAAUAUUUCGGCGAAGAAGCUUGAAAUAUUGUCUAAUUUGUCUGUUUUUAACAACGAUCAUCUUCGUCGCUAAUCAAUUAUUGUACUUCAAAAUAAUGAACCAGGUGAACGUAGGAAAAUUAAUUAGUGGUUCUGUACGGACGCCUAAUUAUAAGGAAGCUCGAACUGUGUCUUUGCGUGGAGUCAGCGAUAAAGAUUUCUCGAAGUAUUUACCGAAUGCGCGAGGGAAAUUCGUCUGUUUCUCGUCGAACGAUGAAAUAGACUUUUCGAAAAUCAAUGACAAUUAUUGUGACUGCCCUGCGGAUGGUAGUGAUGAACCUGGUACCAACGCAUGUAACAAUGGUGUUUUCAAUUGCAGAAUUUCAUCCACGAAAAUGACAGGGAAAAUACCAUCUUACAAAGUUAACGAUGGAUAUUGUGACUGCUGUGAUGGAUCUGAUGAAUGGGCAGAGCUUAAAUUAUCACGUGUGAAUAAUGGUAAAUAUUUUUAUUAUUCAUAUACAAGUCUCUGA